GGACAUACACAAUUGAAGAGAACAAGAGGGAGCAGGUGUAGGUAAGAGCGGAGUACAUGCGUAUGUGAGAGCCCGGCAUGAAGGUGGAGUGCCAGUACGUGAAUGCACAGCAGUUCGUGUGGCUGCCUGGAGGAGCAUAUACCACGGUAGUGUACGUGUGUGAGGGAAACUUCGCUUCAACCCGGUCUGGUGGUGCUUCAAGAGGACUGGUUAAGGUCCCUUGCAACCAUGAUGAAGCGUAGACGGGUGCAGGUGCUCCUGAUUCUGGUAGUUCUGUCCUUCCUUCUGAUCCACUUCCACUUCCCACCCUGCAGCAACAACGUCCCCGCGGAAGGAAAACCUUCUCCAGUCCACAUCCUCAUUCUCUCCUCCUGGCGGUCAGGAUCUUCCUUCACUGGACAACUUUUCAGCCAACACCCCAGCGUCUUCUACCUGAUGGAGCCUGCAUGGCAUGUGUGGGUUACAAUGUACCAGAGCACUGCCAAGGUCUUGCACAUGGCAGUGCGGGACUUAGUCAGGUCGGUCUUUCUGUGUGACAUGUCUGUGUUUGACGCUUACAUGUCUAGCGAGAGGAAAAUGUCUAACUUGUUUCAGUGGGAGACAAGCCGAGCCUUGUGCUCACCCCCUGCCUGUGAGUUCUUCAGUCGUGGUGACAUAAUCAGUUCAGCCAAUUGCAAAACAAUGUGUAGCAAGCGCCCAUUCAGCAAGGUGGAGGAAGCUUGUAAAACUUACAGCCAUAUUGUCGUCAAGGAGGUUCGGUUCUUUGACCUGAAAGUUCUCUACCCGCUUCUCACUGAUCCGUCCCUGAACCUCAAAAUCAUUCACUUGGUACGUGAUCCUCGGGCUGUGUUCAGGUCCCGAGAGAAUACAGUGGCAGAACUGAAAUAUGACACUAACAUUGUUAUGCGGUCCCAUAAGAGGAGGGGAGAAAUGGAGCCCUACGACACAAUGCAAAUCAUCUGCAAAAGCCACGUUGAGAUGUACAAAGCAGGUAGUCAGGCCGCUCCCAGCUUCCUCAAAGACCGCUACCUGAUGGUUCGCUAUGAAGACAUUGUCAGAGAACCGCUGGCAAAGACUGCUGAGAUGUACAGGUUUGCAGAACUUCAUUUCACACCAGAACUUCAGACGUGGGUGCACAACAUCACCCAUGGGAAGGGGCAAGGAGCACAGACCUUUGUUAUUGAGUCCAGAGAUGCGAUGAGAGUAUCCCAGGCCUGGAGGAAGAUCCUUCCCUUCCAGAAAAUAGAAAAAGUGCAAGAUGUGUGCAAGGAUGCAAUGGACUUGCUGGGCUACCGGCUCCUUCAGUCCGAAGAAGAGCAAAAAGAUAUGUCACUGGAUCUUUUGAUUGCCCAGAACUCCACUGAGUAACAAAUUCUGAAGGCAGAAAAACUGCUCUCUGCACCUACUCUCUGAAGGCUGCAGAGUGGAGGACUGUUUACUAGAGCAAAGGAGGACAGAGGUGCAUGCAUACGUGUGUAAGAGCGCAUGUAUGGAUGUUCUAUGCAAGGACAAGUAACACAGGAACCCCGACUGCAAUCGGGAGAGCUUUCUCAGCAGCACAGCUGUGGUGGAGGGAAAAAGACUUCACUGAGACGUUCAAAUUAACAAUUUAUUUGGACUUCACUCACAGGUCCAAUGCGCCACUAUUGCAGGUUUUAUGGAUACAAUGGAGGUACAAUGGAGAAUGCACUAUUGCAAUUUAAAAAGGAAUUUGCAUCACUCUCCAAGGCCCCUGGAGGCUCAGCCACAAUGCAGGCUGAAGUAAUUUGAGUCUGUUUUCCAAAUUCAGUCCAUGGUUUAUGUGAAAGAGGAAGUAAGCAAAAGAGGUUGGAGCAAACAGAAUGCUAAAGGUGUGGGACCAGCUAGCAGAGCUCAAACCCCUCGCAGACCACAGCUAAAUACUAGUGAAACCACAUAGAGCAAUUGCACUGCAAAGGAAAAGGAGAUUUAAAUGGAAGCUGAAUAAAGAGAACGUUAUUUGUCAUGCUGCCAUGGCAGAAUAUGUAAUGCCAGGAGGGAUGCAAGUAUGACCAGACAUUGGUUUCUGGAAAGAUAACUUUUUUUUGGAAUGGUUGAGUUUUCAAGUCCAGUUUUUCUUUUGCUCCAGACAAUGUUGGGGAAAUGUUUGUGUUCACUUACUACAUAAUGGGAAAACAGAAUAA